AUGAACAGGAUUCCCGUUUUCGAGGUGAUCGACCAGCGACCGUUGGCCGAUAACGAGUCACCGCCGCCGUCUUCCGUAUUCCGGCCACUUCCCGGCGACGAGUGCUCCAUCGCGUUGACGGACAUACGGCUGCAGAUCCCGGCGGCCGACUGCAGCCUGUCCGCGUGGUUCCGCGGUGACACGGACCGCGAUCUGGCGUUUGUGCUCGGCGAAGCGGACUGUACGGUGGACAGGGGUCUGGAGGCGGUAGUGGCCGACAUGCGGCCGGGCGAGCUCCGAGAGUUUUGCGUGGGCGACGGGCACGGCGGUCGGAUCACCGGGCGCGUUCGUUUGUCGGCCGUGCGGAAGGCAGCCGGCGGCGCGAGCUGGCGCGGCGACGACAGGCUGAAGCUGACAGAAGCGGCCCGACAAAAGGACGCGGGCAACCGGCUAUACGGACAGGGCCGGUUCGCAGACGCGUUCCACCGGUUCAACCGGGCGGCCAGGGCGGUGCUGUUCGUCCGGGACUUGGACGCUGUGCGAACAGACCGGGACGCCAUGUACGUGGCCGUGUGCAACAACAUGGCCGCUUGCCAGCUACAGCUGGGCAACUACGAACACGCCCGCCAGCUGUCCGGCAAGGCGCUCGCCGUAGACCCGAGCAACGUCAAGGCACUGGUGCGCCGGUGCCGGGCGGCUGCCGAGCUCCGCAUGUUCGACGGUGCCCUGGUCGACGCCGUUCGCGCAUUGGACAUCGAACCGGGCAACGCGGUUGCCGAGCGAUACCGGGACGUGGCCGCGCGCGGCGUGGAUGCCCAGAACGCUCGUUACGGCGACAUGGUCAAGAAGAUGUUCGCCUGA